AUGUCUAGUCCCGUCUGGUCAGAUAAAAGCACAGCUACCCAUCCAUUCAACCCUAUACUACCCAGCACUCAUCAAGAACUGAAACCCCAAUCUCGGAGUGCGAGCUACAGAAUGCCACAUGGCUUCGACAAGCUCCUCCACCACGAACCAGAACCUGAAUCUCCCCCUAUACAACCACAAUCCCGGCGACCAUCCGCCCAGUCUCGAUAUCAUCUUCACAUCCGGCAACAGCCGAUCGCCGCAAGAGCCUGCGGCGCAGGUGAUCGGGAUCGUCGACCCGUCGACCCACCCCCAAUCGUACAGAUCCUUCUCACCGAUUUCGACUCCAAUUCCCAAGAAGACCGAGAUCUCCUCCAAGACCCACGCUUCACAGUAGGCUGUCUACUCUUCCCCGUCUCAACCUCAUGGACCGAAACAGAAACCGGUCCGCGAGACCGAGACCGGGACCGAAAUCGCGAUAAAGAAAGAGAAAGAGAAAGAGAAACAGACGGCAUCGCUCGCACAGACGACGACUUAUCAAUCCCAUUAUUAUCCGGCAAAGCUUUCAUGUCCCCCUUCUAUGUCGAGGCCGACCCAGAUCCAAACUCUGCCCCCUCCCAUCCAUCCUCCCUAACUCUCUCCAGCCCUUCCCACUAUAGCGACGCCGCUUCACGCCUCCACCAACCCGCUACCUUCUUCAUCUUUGCAGACCUUUCCAUCCGUUCGGCGGGUCUCUACCGACUUCAAUUCCGAUUGAUGAAUUGGGGCUCUGUUGAAGAUACGGGACAAUCGAUGCCGAUUCUUGCCGAGGCGUGGUCUGCUCCAUUCCGUGUGUAUCCUGCAAAGGAUUUUCCUGGAAUGAAGGACUCGUCGCUGCUUGCUGAGGGGUUGAAGGAGCUUGGGUUUGUGGAGUUGAAAACGAGAGGACAUGGGAAAGGGAAGGGGAAGAAGCGACAAUGA